CUUUCCUCUUUUUGGUUUUCUUCUCCUUCACAAAAAAAGAAAAACAGAAAUUAAUUAAGUUUUCAACCCUAGAAUUUUCAGGAAAGUAUGAUGAGUUCUUUCUUUCCUUGUUGGUCAUGGAGAAAACCCUAGAGAAUCAAUGGUGCACCUAUAUAAGAGUGUUACCCCCUUCGUUCUCUCUGUCCUUCCCUUCCCUUCCAAGUAGUGUGUUUUGAGUGUUAAGGUCAUCCAUGGCUUUCACAAAAGUUGCAGUCAUCUUUUUCUUCUUGAUGGCAAUGGGUCUCUGUCACUACUCCUCCAUAGCCGAAGAUUCUUUCGAAAAUAAGAACUUAAUUACUAAUUCUGAUAAUACUCUCGAAGAUGCAUGCAACAACGAAAACCCUCACAUAGAGCAAGUGGUCCAAGAUCCCAAGACAUCCAUGGCAAAUGAUCAAAACUCUUCUGGUUGGGAAGAUGAUAAGAUUGAAGUCAACACAAAGUCAACAGAUCCAAGCACAAGCAAUGGAGCUUCUCAUCUUCAGUACCAAGUUUUCAGCACUUCUAAUGGCAAUGCAGUAGGACCAGAGAUGAUUAUCAUUCUUGCGCUUGUAACCGUCUUUGGUGGUCUCUAUUUCUUUGCUCCCUAUGUCCUUCUCGUAGCGGUAAUUUUUGGUUUUGGAUUUAUAGUUUUUGUAUCGAUGAAUUCAAGAUAAGCUGGUUUUCCAUCAUCUUGGUUUUUCUUAGGGUUUUAGGGUGAGGAGGGAGGGUAGAGUAAAACUGCACCGUUUUGUCAUAUUUUUUUCUUAACAAUGUGAAACAUUUCAGACAAUUAACAUUCUGUUCUCCUCCAAGCUUCACUUCUAUAUGGAAGAACACAACACUGGAGUAAACUAUGGCAGGCAGAUAUGAGACGAAAAUUGAUUGGUGAAUUG